CUUUCUUCCCGCUUUCUUUCUGGCUGCGGCAAAAGCUUUCGCCUUCUUUGAUAGCAACAAAAGGCAGAAACUUUAUGCUCAGAGGGGAGAAUGUGUUCUUCAGUUCUUAAUAUUCAUAGUUCAUGUCCCAUUUCGUCCUACUCCCCAACUUGCUUUCAUGGUCGACCCUGUGCUCUAACCCCUCUUCGAUUUCUUUCGUCCAAUUCCUCUUUGAAGUUCAAAAAUCAGCCUUUGAGAUUCUCUCGCCCUAAGAUAACCAGAACCCACAAGCGUCGCUCUUCCUUUGUAGUUCUCGCAGUACAAUCGAAUAUCUUUCAAGCUCUCCAGACAGCAUGGAAAGUUGGUAGGGAUGGAAUUGAGGCGGGUACUAAUCUGGUUCCUGAUUCUAUACCAAGACCGGUAGCGAGGAUUUCUGUAACUUUUGUAGCAUUGAGCGUUGGACUUUUUGUUCUGAAGUCUUUCCUCUCUACAGCAUUCUUUAUACUGGCCACUAUGGGACUAGCAUAUUUUGCAUUCCUAGCUUUUAAUAAAGAUCAAGGACGAACGGGAGGCAGCGACACCACCUCCACUACCACCUCCACCCCUAUGGAGGAUCCAGUAGAAGAAGCCAGAAAAAUAAUGGACAAGUACAAGUAGUGUCACCAGAAUCUAAAUCCAUGAUGAUUGAGAUGGAAGAGAUCGAGACUUACUUAGAGCACAGUCAUCCUCAGUCAUGCAAAUCAUGACAUUUUCAGUUGUUUAGAUCAUUUCAUAAUGUAACAAUUUUGAGGCUUGUUGUUCAGGGAAAAAAUUACCCUAGGUUAGAAAAAAUGUUGUAACUUUCCACUUGAACCUGUUUCUGCUGGUGAUAUCACUCAGCUGCAAAUUAGUUGUAGAUAAACCUGAAGUUAAAAUAAGCAUAUGCCCAGAGAGCAUGAGAAUACUGUGAUUUUUCCAUUGGUGAUGGCUGUCAAAGGGAUACUGAAAUCAAAUGAGAGUCCAAAGUUUAUGCUC